AUGGCGAAAACCAAUCAGGGUGCAUGGGCCACCGCGAGAGCGCCAGUCCGUGACGACGACCAGGGAAGUUUUGAGAGACGACGGGGAUGGAAGUACAGAAGUUUAAGAAUCGGAACCAUCAAACUUCCAUGCUAUGCAUCACCAGAAUUGCAGUUGAUCCUGGUUUCAUUCGUUUGCUUCUUAUGCCCUGGCAUGUUUAACGCCGUCAAUGGGAUGGGCGCAGCAGGUCUUGAUGAUGACGCCCAUGCUAGCAACGCUGCUAACACUACACUCUAUGCUACCUUCGCCGUUGUCGGGUUCUUCGCCGGUACCAUCACUAAUGUCCUCGGAAUUAGAGUGGCGCUUUCCUUCGGUGGUCUAGGCUAUUGCAUCUACGUCAGUGCUUUGCUUUGCUUCAACAUAACUCAAAACCUGGGCUACGUGGUGUUCUCUGGAUUCCUGUUGGGAUGUUGCGCCGGAAUCUUGUGGUCCGCGCAAGGUGCAAUUAUGAUGAGCUAUCCACCCGAGAAGCUGAAGGGGAGAUAUAUCUCCUGGUUCUGGAUAAUUUUUAAUAUGGGUGCUGUUAUCGGCGGUCUGGUGCAACUGGCCCUCAACUUCAACACCCGAGAUGGAACCAAAGCAGCAGCGGUUACGAAUGGCACAUAUAUCGGUUUCAUGAUUCUGACGUUCAUCGGUGCAUGCCUCUCUUGGACACUUGUCGAUGCCAAGCACGUCAUACGCCGCGAUGGUACCCGAAUUAUCAUGAUGAAGCACCCAACAUGGCAGUCUGAGAUUUUGGGUCUCUGGGAGACUCUCCGUACAGAUCCAUAUAUCAUUCUCCUUUUUCCAAUGUUCUUCGCAUCGAACUGGUUCUAUACAUACCAGUUCAAUGACGUCAACCUUGCGCGCUUCAAUGUGCGGACUCGCGCACUGAACAACACGCUGUAUUGGUUGGCGCAGAUUUUCGGAGCUGCUGUGUUCGGAUUUGCGCUGGACUUCCCGAACAUCAGGAGAACCACCCGAGCAAAGAUUGCUUGGGCCAUGAUGAUGGUGUUGACGUUUGCUGUCUGGGGCGGAGGAUAUGCCUUCCAACGACUGUAUAGUCGCGAUGAUAACAGCCUCCACUUCGACUGGACCGAUAGUGGCUACGGCGGCCCAAUGGUAUUAUACAUGAGCUACGGUUUCUACGACGCAGCGUGGCAAACAUGCGUUUACUGGUUUAUGGGUGCCAUCUCCAACAACAGCCGCAAGCUGGCAAACUUUGCUGGGUUCUACAAGGGUAUCCAAUCAGCAGGCGCUGCUAUCGUGUUCCGGAUAGAUGGCUACAAGAGGCCUUACAUGGACAUAUUUUUGUCCAGUUGGGUGUUACUGGCUGGGAGUUUGGUCGUUGCACUACCUGUGAUGCUGUUGAAGAUAAAAGACACAGUCCCGCUUGAAGAGGAUUUAAGGUUUACCGAUGAGACCAUCGAGGAUGUGUUGGGUAGAAGAGAAGGCUAUCUACUGGAUGAGCCUGAGAAGGCGUAG